GGCAAUAGCCAAUUAAAAGAUUAUAAUUCUAAUUAUAAACUGAAUUCCAAGGAACAAUUUAAAAAACGAACAAAUAUAUCAUUGGCAUUGUAUUUUGCGUGUCUCUCUGUAUUAUUUUUAUAUAUCUGAUUUAUCGUUAUAUGAAUAUACAUAUAAAGAUGUUAGAAGAUAUCGCGUUACGUCGCGUUGGUAAGUUGGAACGGAGAAUGAUCAGUAUGAUGAAUGACGAGAUAGACUCAAUAAUAAUAACGAGGGGUCGCGCGUAGAAUGUGAAAUAUGGCGUAUCGUGUUAUUGAACGAUAACUGCAAGUUAUUAGGGUCGAUUGACUCGAGUAACUCGAUGUAAGGAGCGCGUAAAAUGUCUCUCAACGUGUGCGUGCCAUGUACAAAGCCGUGUGUCUCUCCGGUCGGCCUGGUUGCUACUCUCGCGUGAUCUCGCGAUUACACGGGCGUUGCGACCUUACGUAUGUAAAUUAUUCUGGUACAAAUCUGGCCGCUUGGCAGAUUUGCUCUCGUAGAGUACGUAGACACUCGCGCUCUCGACAUUUGUGCUUUGAUCGCGAAGACAAACGGGCAUGUAACGCAAUUUCUCUGCUCGACUUUGGCGCGCAUUUAACACCGCGCGAGUACAUUGUCAUUCAAGAUUUGUGAUUAUUCAAGAUUAGUUGAGUGGGGAUAAGCUGUAAUUGCAUUUGUAGAAGAAAAUGCAAAGUGGCAGUAACUUGAACCAAUUCAGCGACGAUGACUUCUGUAGCGAUGGACCAUGUCCAUCGUGCAGAUUGGCGAUUGAUAAGGAAACUGGUAGACUCAAGUGGUGUACUGGCGGAAGUGAAGCGCGGCGUUUUCGUGUCAAACUGAUGCUUCUCAUACCCGCUGUGUUGCUGCCAAUCACUAUAGUGUUUAUCGCUCUAUCGCGAUUUCAAGCCACAACCAAAACUUCCGAUUCACGUGCGGUCUCCAUUUAUGAGAUGCAGAAACAGGACAAGGAGAAAAUCGAAAAUGUCUUUUGGCCUACCAGUCACAACGACGUAGAGCGUAUGGCAGAAGAAACUGAAGAAGAGGACCGACUUUUGCUUCCCGAUAUGAAAACGAGUUACGUGCCUGUAGACACGCAUCCUUCAUUUCGAUCGAAAUCGCCCCACCGACGCAAAAGAGACAUCGGGGAGAACCACACGAGGGAUGGUUUCAAAUGGGUCGAUCGGACGAUGUCUUCAUCUCGUGCACACGUUGGUUUAGCUAAUGACAAAUUGGCAGAUUCCCUUUCGAGGGAAGAAUCAGACAAGAAAAGUAAUAGAACGGAGAGAUCCUUCUUGACUUCAGACUACAUGAGACUGUACGACAGAAUCGACAGAAUCAAGCAGGUGAAGAAUGGCGACGCAAUUGAAAGCAACAAUACACGGUCUGUCGGAGAAAAUUUCUUAGGCGAUUACUAUCUCCGGAAGAAGAGAGAGUUGAGAGACGAUACUUAUGAAAGUAGUGGAACGAAGUGUAUCGAGAAACGAUCGAAAGGGGAAUUAGCAGCAAAUACCCAAGAGGAAGAUUCCUUCUCCAUUUCCAUCAAUGAAACAUGGUUAUCGGUGGCCGAUGGACAUAUUACGAUCCAGAACGAUGAAAUGCCUGAUUUUCGUACAUUCUGGAAAAGCGAAGAGGACGCUACAAGUAUCAGAAAGGCUCGAGCUCGAAUAAUGCUGAAAUACAUGGACAAGAGCGUGGAUCCGUGUCAAGAUUUUUAUCAAUACGCUUGUGGUAAUUGGGCGAAACAAAAUCCUAUUCCGAAAGACAAAGCCGGCUAUGAUACUUUCGAGAUGCUCAGGGAAUCGCUGGAUUCUGUACUGAGAGAAUUGCUAGAGGACCCGAUACCGCGUGAUGUCGACGCUGGUGAGAUAAACGAUGCUAUAAUAAAGGCGAAACAUCUGUUUCAAAGUUGCAUGAAUUACGAGAUCUUGGAGCAACGUAUGGAACGACCACUCAUUCAGCUUCUGGAUCAACUUGGAGGUUGGCCGAUUUUAAAGCCUGAUUGGGAUCCCGACAAAUUCGACUGGCUUUUCUUGACCGCGCAACUUCGAUUGUAUAAUAAUGACAUAUUAAUCUCUGAAUGGGUGGGUCCAGAUAUUAAAAACAGCGACAAGUACGUGAUACAGCUUGAUCAAACGUCGCUCGGACUUCCUACAAGGGAUUAUUUCCUUCAACCGUCCAACGCGAUUUACCUAGAAGCAUACAAGGAUUACUUAAUGAGAAUCGCAAUCUUACUUGGUGCAUCCUCAGAUAAUGCGACCAUUGAUGCCGAAGAGCUGGUUGAAUUCGAAACGCAACUCGCGUCGAUUACAUCGUCACCGGACGAAAGACGAAAUUUUUCAGAGCUCUAUCAACGAAUGAGUAUAGGUGAACUGAGAGCACUCGUGCCGCAAAUCGAUUGGCGUCGUUAUUUAUCGAUCGUCCUGGCUCGACCGAUACAUUUUUCCGAACCAAUUGUCAUCUUCGCGUUGCAAUACAUCCAAGAUUUGGUUGUUUUACUUUCAAAGACACAACCUAGAACAGUGGCAAAUUAUCUCUUAUGGAGAUUUGUACGACACAGAGUAAACAACUUGGACGAUCGCUUCCAGGAAGUGAAACAAAAAUUUUACUAUAUUCUGUUCGGUAGAGAACAAGCACCGUCAAGAUGGAAAAACUGCGUAACCCAAGUCAAUUCUAACAUGGAUAUGGCCGUUGGUUCGAUGUUUGUCAAAAAGUAUUUCGAUGAAAACAGUAAAAACGACACAUUAUCGAUGACUCGAGAGAUACAACGAUCCUUUAGAGAGCUACUAGAUAGAAUCACUUGGAUCGACAACGAAACAAAACGUUUGGCGACUGAAAAAGUAAACGCUAUGUCAUUGAGAAUCGGCUAUCCAGACUUUAUUCUACAGUCACAUUUAUUGAACGAGCGUUACAAAGACGUUAUAAUUCGACCGGACAAGUACUUUGAGAAUACUUUAAAUAUUUUGCAACACUUAACCAGAGUCGAACAAGCUCGCCUUGGCAACGCUGUCAAUAAAUCUUUGUGGAACACUGCUCCAGCGGUCGUUAACGCUUAUUACAGUCGCAAUAAAAAUCAGAUAAUGUUUCCAGCGGGUAUACUACAGCCACCUUUUUAUCACAGAUUUUUUCCACGAAGUUUAAAUUAUGGUGGAAUCGGUGUUGUGAUUGGACACGAGAUUACUCAUGGAUUUGAUGAUAAAGGCAGACUGUUUGACAAAGAUGGGAACCUUCACAGGUGGUGGAAAGAUGAGGCGAUCGAUGGUUUUCACCGGCGAGCGCAAUGUCUCAUUGAUCAAUACGCGCGUUAUACCGUGACGGAAGUUGGAAUGCAGAUUGAUGGUGUUAAUACGCAAGGGGAAAAUAUUGCCGAUAACGGCGGCAUUAAGCAAGCAUUUAGGGCGUACGAGAGAUGGCUACGUUUGAACGAAAAGGAAGACGAGACCUUACCCGGAAUGAGUGCGACGGGAAAACAAUUAUUCUUUCUGAACUUUGCUCAGGUGUGGUGUGGUUCAAUGCGUCCCGAAGCGACGAGAAAUAAGCUGAAAACAGCUCUACAUUCGCCCGGUAGAUUUCGAGUGAUCGGCACGCUCUCUAAUUCGAAAGACUUUGCUCAGGUGUUCAAUUGCCCUUCUGGUUCCCCUAUGAAUCCUGUGAGCAAAUGCUCGGUAUGGUAAAAUGCGAUAUACGUGUACAUACGUAUAAUACAUAAUUUGUACGCGUAUAUCGAUACGAUACGAUUUAUCCCAAUCACAUUAGCUCUCAUUUGUUACUGAAUGCAGUGAACACUCAAGCGUGCUUUUUAAGUUAAGAUUUUUUUAAGACUAAGAUUUCGAGAAUUUUCUAGAAAUGUAUAUAAUAACGGAAAAAUACAUUCAUUUUUUUAAAUUUCUUCAUUGGA